AAGCCCGAUAAGUCUUGGCCUUGAUUGAUUUGGGGAUGUCUUUUUGUUCUGGGUAGCCUCGGUCAAAUAUGAACUCUGAAAAUAUUUUUCAGAAAUUUUCAAAGUAUUCUUUGUAAUUAGUCGAUUUUUAUUGACCUGAGAAGCUGUUUAAAUUUUUCCCCUAACCUAAUCUUGACUCAGAAUCCAGGAAAAAUUAAGGCCUGGAUUCAUAUAUAGACCCCCAUUACCCUGGUUCUAGAUCCAUUAAAAUAGUGCCUAGAGCCUUCCAAUUUGAAUAUCAAAUGCUCUAUAAUGUUGAGAACGAACCUGUUCAAUUAUUCACUUUUGCUUUCACGGAUGCUUCCUCCCUUCAUACUUUUGGUUAUUGCCGUUUUACCCCUCGAAGUAAUUCUGUUUUGUGCAUUUUGAGUGGAUUUUUAUGGACAAGUUUUUUCUAUAAAUUUUUGAAUCAUAUUUCUACUGUUACAACGAAAGGAGCCCCUGUAGAUGUUGAAUCCCUUUUAAUAAAUGCUUAUCAUAUGGAUAUUCCUUCUCCUGGUUCAACUUUUUCUUUGACUGCAUGUUCAAAUAUUGGAAGGUUUUCUGAUGUUAUUCCGAACCCUUCUAAUUUGCCAACUUUACAAGAAGACAAAUCUUUAUUGGAAUUUUUUAAUGCGGUGAAUGAAAGACAAAUGGUGCAAUUAUAUUCAUCCCUUUUAAAAGAAAGAAGGAUAGUUUUUAUAUCUUCAAAAUUGAGUCAAUUGUCUUCUUGUGUUUUUGGACUUGCUAAAUUGUUAAAUCCUUUUGAGCAAAAUUUAUUUAUUCCAAUUUUACCCCAAGAUUUGACUGAUAUGUUAAUGGCCCCAAUGCCUUAUUUAAUUGGAGUUCCAAAACAAAUAUUUUUAAAAAUAAAUAAAAACGAGCUUGGAGAUAUUGUAUUAACUGAUUUGGAUGAAAAAAUGCUGUCUUCUCCCUAUCAAGAUAAAUUGCCACAAGAGGCCUAUAAUUAUUUGUGGAGCCGGUUAAAACUUUCAAAUGAUUUGUUUUUGUCCGAUUCUUUUGCAAAAACAUUUUUGAGGACAAAUGCUAUUUUAUUUGGAAAUUAUAAUUGUGGUUUUACUCAAGGUUCUGAUGGAAUAUACACAUGGGAUAGAGAAAUAUUUUUGGAAAGAGAAAGGCCAAGUAUUCGCCCAUAUUUGGAAACCUUAAUUGGAAAAGAUGGUGUUCAAUAUUUUGAAAGAUUUGUUCAAGAACGUUUAGAAGCGUUAAAAAAUGGAAUUGCUAUAAAUGAUAAAUUUGAAAAAGAAGUACAAUCAUUGGAUGUUCGUGGAUUGUCGAAAGGAAUUUGGUCGAGACCACCAGAAUUAUUACAACAAACAGUCUCCUCGAUUAAGGAGAAUGCUAGCGAUGUUAUUUUUGCAUUAAAGGACCAAUUUCAUUCGAUGAAGGCAUGUAGGGAAAAUUUUUUAAAUUAUUUGGGUUUGAAUUAA